AUGACAUCCAGCAUCCCAAGAUAUCCUAAUUUGCCAUCCAGAUGUAACCUUCAAAUUGAUUCUUCUUUGUUAACAUCAAGACAGUUAAGGAUAAUUAUCAAUUGGAUCAGAAAUAUCAGAAAUGAACUAAAUAUCAAUUCUACACCAUUUGGAAAUAAAUACACAUUUACUCUUUUAUAUAAGGCAUCACAUGAUGGUUUCCAAAAUAAUAUAUUUAAUGAUCAAUGUGCAAGUCAAGGCUCUUGUCUUGUAGUCACAAAAUGUGAUGAAACAAACAAGAUUAUUGGUGGAUAUACUUCAGUUGGAUUCAAUUAUAGUUAUGGUUAUUAUAAUGAUUCUCAAAAAAACUUUGGCUCUUUACUAGAUGAUGUAUGUGACUUUAAUGUGUUGAUAUCUGUUGGGAAAAAACCAAAUGUUAAGGAAUUCAAAGCUCAUUCAAAUAUUUUAAGA